ACAAGGCCAGAAUAAUAUUAAGAAUGAAAACAGAGCCAGCCAUCGCAAAAGCAGCAAAUGCUGAGUAACUGGAGUUAUAUUAUUUAAUGCUGAAGUCUGGUAAUAUACCAAUAUGGCCCGCCCUGGCCGGCGGGCACCCUCGCCUGGCGCCUAUUCUGCGAAAAGAGCGCUGCUUGUGGAAAAGAACGCUGAGGGAAAUGGAAAAGAGCUGGAGCAGCAGGCCACCAAUGCCGUUGAACAGGAUUAUGAUCCCUUUAAAUGACGCGCUUUGUACGGCACGUGGAUUCACCGGUUUCCAGCACUUGCGCAGAGAUGUUUCGAGAAGCUAUCGAAUCUAGCGUACGCGUAAAUAAACAUAGGUGGAGAAAAAUUACCCAAACAGGCAGAUUAACAAUGGCAACAGAUGUAGAGCCAGUCACAACGGCAGACAAGUUCUCAGCAAAUGCUGAGGAAUUAGAGAGCUACUAUCUAAUGCUCGAGGCUGGUACCAUACCGGACUUACAGUGGCUAUUCCCCGGACGGCGGGCGCCCUCGCCAGACGCCAGUUCUGGGGGGAAUAGCAAAGAGCUGGAGCAGGCCACCGAUGCCAUUGAACAGGAACCGCAGAAGGCGAAUGACUUUGACUUCAGCGACGAUGUGGCUCCCACACAGAUGCGGGUACGCAGCCAGACAUCCACGCCGAAGUCGGCCAAAAAGAAGACGGCCGACUUUGCCGGUGUUAUGGAGACGCUCAAGAAGAAAAAUGCCGAAAGCUCCUAGCAUACGGGGAAGCGUAGUAUCAGCCAUAGGCCGUUCUUCUGAUACGACUACGACGCGGAACCUGCAUACCUGACUCUGGAUUUGAAUUGGAGGAUCGACAAGGUAAUAUUUUGUAUUUAAGGCACUACCAAUCAUGUUUUUUCGUAGGCUAUUCAAUGUAUUUGUUUUGUCCACGUUGUAUUAAGAUGUUUUAUGUCUAGCCGUUAAAUAAAACACCCCUCAAAUGUAUUUAAAUUUAAGGUUCGAUUAUGCUAUAGAUCAUAUAUUGCAGCAACAGACUUUAGGGAUGCAGAACAAGACACAUAUAUUAGAUAUAAAUAGAAUUAGAAAUAGGGUCAUUAGCAGGAAAUACUUAUUUUUAUAGGAUAAGGACUCCUAUUGGAGCAGUCCAUUUGGGGCAUGAAUAUUCGUAUUCCCUCUUCCUUAAAAAUGUGUCCUUGCAUCUGAAAUUCCCAUUGGAAUUCCCCCAAUUUAUAACACAUGUAUUAUCUUAUACUACUA